AUGAACCUUAGAGCCAUUGUGGUGGGUGCUCAGAAUUGGCCGAAAAUGCCCACAAGCGUUCGAUAUUUGGGAAUCCAUGCGCCCAUUUGGUCGGAUUCAGCACCCAGCUCAGGGACUAAAUGGUUCGUGGUAUUGUAUGUGGGACAAACUCAGAAUUGGUCGGAAAUGCCCACAAGCGUGAGAAAUCGAUGCGCCCAUUUCGUCCAUUUGGUCGGAUUGAGCAACCAGCCCAGGGGCUUAGUGGUUCAUGGUAUUGUCCAUAGGAAUAAGAUGCCGACGCUGAAAAAUACAUCAAGGAGGAUAAUUGAUUGCUACGGCUGUGUGCAUGAGACAACGUUUUAG